GGAAGUAGUAAAAACCCGCUGAGAGCGAGCCGGCGCGGCACUGUAGGUUGGCGGGCUAGUGUAAUGGCAGAUGAGGAAGAAGAUCCCACCUUUGAGGAAGAAAAUGAAGAAAUUGGAGGAGGUGCAGAAGGUGGACAGGGUAAAAGAAAGAGACUCUUUUCUAAAGAAUUGCGAUGUAUGAUGUAUGGUUUUGGGGAUGACCAGAAUCCUUACACUGAGUCAGUGGAUAUUCUUGAAGACCUGGUCAUAGAGUUCAUCACUGAAAUGACUCACAAGGCAAUGUCAAUUGGAAGACAAGGUCGAGUUCAAGUUGAAGAUAUUGUCUUCUUGAUUCGAAAGGACCCAAGGAAGUUUGCUAGGGUUAAAGACUUGCUUACUAUGAAUGAAGAAUUGAAGCGAGCUAGAAAAGCAUUUGAUGAAGCCAACUAUGGAUCAUGACAACUUUUGUAUUUUCUGAAACUUCAUUAUCUUCGGAGCAAACCAUAUAUAAUAGCAGAUUUUCUACAGUAAUGUCCUGAUAUCUAGACAUAUACAUGAAAGACAUAGAAACAGUUUUCAGCCUUUAUUUUCAUGUCUUCAAUUUUAGAGUAUUUGCGAUGUUAACUGCUGCCUUUAUACAGCUAUACUUGAAUUACUUAUUGGAUUUUAAUGACUACACAAAAGUUAAAGUACCUUGCAAAUCACUCAGUUCCUUCUGACUUUGGACCAUCUAGAUGAAGUAGUAUUUAUGUGUAAGAUAUGAUUGUGCCAUUGCAAGCAAUACUGUAGCUGUUUAAUGUAUGAAACCUAAAUAGCAUGUUUGACUAUGAUAACUAAGGUAGUGCUUCAUGUAAGCUGAAGUUUUUAGGUAAAAGUAGUCUAAGAGGUUAUUAACGAUAAUAAACUGAUUUUGUUCUUUUAGGAAGAUACAGGAAAAUACAGUUUUGUAAGAAUGUUUGUCUUAAAAUAUAAUUUGUUUUUAAUAUUCUUCAGAUAAGUUUUUUUUUUUUUUUGAGAAAGUUUCACAUGAAUGCUUUGUAUUGAAAGGCUUUUUUUAAUUUAAAACCUUUUGGGACUUAUAACAUGGUGUUAGUUAUGAUUUAGGAGAACUCAUUUUCCCAGAUCAGAUUAAAGCUUCUAAAAAUAAAUACUUUCAGUAGCAGGAAUGGCAUUGCUUAAAAAGUUGAUGGCAGGAUUAGCAUUUGAGGUAGUGUUUUAUUAACAUUUGUAAGUACUUGUUCAUUGCGGAAAUGUGUAUUUGACUAAAACCUUAUGUGGCUAUGGAAAUCCCUUUUGUUGUCUAGGAUAUACAGGUUUUGUGUGUGUUUAGCUUACUGUAUUAAAUUAUUAUUGCACUUAGCUUAAAAUAAGGAUUAAAAUUGCAUUUAAAGGGAUUAUUGAAUAUUACUCUUCCUGAAGCUGAACUUUUUGUGUGCUGCUUAUAAACAUUCUCUAUAAAUCAGUACUUGGGAAAAUUUUACUUUCUUAACCUAUUGAUAUAAGAAAUAAGGUAUGAAAAAAUAAAUAAUUAAUGCUUGAA